UUGUGUGUGUGUGAGACUACUCUUUAAAAGGAAAUUAUUAAACUUCUUUUAAAUACAAAAUAUAUUGAUAGACUUGCAGUAGCUAAAGCAUUAACAAGUCCCAAAGACAAAUAUAUACAAAACCGACACGAAGAGAAAUUGCAAGGCGUUACCGGCAUGACGUUUUUGGAAGCAACGGACGUGUGAAGUCAGGCUUGCAGUUUCUUCAGAACGACAAAUAUUUUUACUUUCCGGUGGAUUCAAUUGAUAUUUACGAGUUGUAAAUGGUUCUCCUUCGAGGCGAUAUCAUCCGUACCACACACUGCACGAAUUGAUAGCACAAAUCACUGAUUUUCACCGUAAGCCUCUAUCGUAUUCUAGCUAAACACAAUAAUGGUGUUAAAAAAGAAGCUUUAGGAAGAAAUUAUCGCAAUCUCUGUUAUCCUUGAAUAAUUCUUUUGUAAUACUAUACUUUUCUUAUAUGUACAAUCAUUCGUUUCUCAGAUUCGUAACAGUACAAACAAAAUUUUAAUUAUCUUGAGAAAUAAUGGCAAUACCAAUUGCUUAUUUAACUAGGAAAGAAUUGAUUUCCAGCUGUCAUCGUUUGCACAGUGAUAAUUUGUCCGAGGAGGAGAACAAAAAGGUAUAUGGAAAAUGUAAUAAUUAUUGGGGACAUGGACACAACUAUACAGUUAAAGUUACUGUGCGUGGACCUGUGAAUCCUAAAACUGGUAUGGUAAUGAAUUUAACUGAUUUAAAAUUAUACAUGAAAAAAGUAUUGAUGGAACAGUUGGAUCAUAGAAAUUUGGACAAGGAUGUACCUUAUUUCAAAAAUGUUGUUUCAACUACUGAAAAUGUGGCUAUUUACAUAUUUAAUGAAUUAAGAAAAAUAAUGCCCAAUCCAGCACUGUUGUAUGAGGUUAAAAUUUAUGAAACUGAAAACAACAUUGUUAUUUAUAGAGGGGAGCAUCAGUUGUAAUGCUUCAUUAAUUUUCAAAUAAGAUAUACUUCUUCAGUAAAAUAAUCUUCUUUGAUAUCAUAAAUCCUAUUCUUUGAUAUCACACUAAACGAUAUACAAUAAUGGUUAACAUUGCCUUCAUUUCAGUUCAAUACUGCAUCCUCUCUGUGCAUACACAAAUAUAUUAGAACAAUAUCGAAUUAUGUUCAUUAAGAGAAUAAAUGUUUUGCAUGAUUUAUCUUAA